AUGCCGCUGAGCUGCACUGCACGAGCGUUAAAGUUCUCGUUGUUCAUAUUCAAUCUAGUGUUUCUGAUUUGCGGUAUAAUAUGCGUAGGAAUCGGAGUGUGGCUUGUUCUUGACAAAUAUGCGAUUGAUAAUCUUGCAAUGGCAACGGCUAAAGUGCAAGGAUAUGAUCAGGAUGCUGGUUUAAGAGAUCUCGCAACCAAGCCGACAGCAGUCCGGCAAAUUGGAUACCUUCUUCUUGGUGGAGGUUUGAUCGUCAUUUUCGUUGCAUUUUUGGGUUGUUGCGGCGCCGCAAAAGAAUGGAGACCUUUAUUGUGUUGUUAUGCUUCUUGCCUUAUGCUCAUUCUUGCGGUUGAAAUCGCUGCAACUAUUUAUGCAUUCCUACACAGCCAUAUGUUCGAGAAGGAUUUCCGAGAAAUGCUGCAUUCAACUUUGAAAAUGUACAAUGGAACGGACUCGGGAGUGAAAAGCAAGGAAAUGCAAGAUGGCAUGCUUGUGAAAACCGCUUGGGACAAAAUCAUGAUAGAGAAAUCUUGUUGCGGAGUUGAUUCGAAAAUCGGCGAAUUCAACAAUUCUGGAUGGUAUCAUAUGACAAAAGGCCGAUAUCUUUUCCCACCGGCGUGUUGUCCUUUGGAUGAGCAUAACCGACUUCGACCAUCGUGCAACAAAAUCAUGAGACAUCCACACGGUUGCUACGCGAAAAUCGCCGAAUCAUUUCAAGAGCUCACAUCGCAUUUUAAAAUCGUUGCUUGGACCGUAAUCUUUUUCGCUUUAAUACAGGGCUGUAUUGAAUACUUGUAUCGUGAAAAUAGUAUUCAUUCAUCAUCAAUCUUCGGAAUCAUCGCCAUUCUUUUUAUUAUUGAAGUAAUUGCAUUUUUGAUUGGCGUUGAUUUUUUCGGUCGCGUCCGCACCGAAAUGCUCCAUUUCUUCUAA